GUGUCAGCUCUGCCGGCGGUGCCUCACUCCCAUUGUGAUUUCGCGCCCAGGAUAACUUUCGAAGUUAGUGCUCGGGGCGUCGUUCGAAUGGUUUAUUUCUUGAUAUUUUAACAGUGAAGGAGUGACGCUGCAGAUUGGAGGAAAUACAUCUUAUCAAAGUGCUCAGCAAAUAAACAAAAGUGUGGAAUACUGUGCUCGAGAAAUUAUCUUUCAGAAAUAAAACUUGAACCUCUUGCAUACUGGCACUGGAGAAAGUCUUUGAGUGUUAAUCAGAGAACGUGACGUAUCAGGGAGGAAUGAGUGGAAGCAUCACGUGAUAAACAGACGAAGCAAACAUGUAACGAAGACAUUACCCCCUUAUUCAUCAAAGAUACAAAAUCUCUGUUAUUCUUAUCCGACUCUGAUAUGCCAUCGUCAUUUCGCCUAUAGCAUUUUCGGAAGUGAUCAUAAAUUUAAAGUGAUGUCUACUUUUUAACGGCAAUAACAGAGCAAUGGCUUAAACCGAGAAAAGGUAACGUAAAUGUGAUCAUUAUAAGUCACUCCCUCCCAAGUGACACCCCAAGUGUUGCUUCCUUCCCUCUCGGGGGACACCGUCGUCGUAUCAUGCUCAUCGGCGAUCUGCCGCAAUGCUUCCUCCUCCUGGCUGCGUCUUCCCUCGGCGUUCUGGGAACUCUUCUUCAGGCAGUCAAGCCCCAGCCACCCACUGCUGCUGCUGCUGCUGCUGCUGCUGCCCCUCACCCUUCGCCUCCCUUAUCUCUUGACGUCAAAGAAGAAUCCCUUAGACAUAUCGAAGAAUCCCUUAUGCCUACCGCGCACGAUGUCUCGCACAACGUGACCAACGUCCACGCCAAGAGACACGUCAACGACCCCUUUAGAACUAAACACUUCGAGAUCAGAAAUCUGAAUCUCUCUUACGUGGCCAAUCGAACGCGCCUCGCUAAGAAAGUAGUGGUAGUGGAGGGGGAUAUACUUUUGGGGGGUCUCAUGAUGGUCCAUGAGAGGGGUAACGAGGAAGUGUGCGGGCCCAUCAUGCCUCAAGGGGGAGUCCAGGCCCUUGAGGCUAUGCUUUAUACCUUGGACUUCAUCAACAAGGAGGAGGACUUCAUUCCGGGAGUCAAGAUUGGGGCUCAUAUCCUUGAUGACUGCGAUAAGGAUACUUACGGCCUCGAACAGGCGGUGGAUUUCAUCAAGGGUUCAAUCAGCAAUAUUGACGAUGGUGAGUAUAAAUGCAAAGAUGGGUCAUCCCCUGAGGUCAGGAACAAGGUCAUCUCUGGGGUUGUGGGAGCAGCUUCGUCGGUGACUUCUAUCCAGGUCGCCAAUCUUCUUAGACUAUUUAAGAUUCCCCAGGUCAGCUUCUUUUCAACGUCUCCCGAACUAAGCAACAAACAGCGAUUUGAAUACUUCUCGAGGACCAUUCCAUCCGACCAUUACCAAGUCAAAGCUAUGGUGGAAAUAGUCAAGUUGCUCAACUGGUCCUACAUUUCUAUUAUCUACGAGGAAUCUAACUACGGAAUAAAGGCCUUCGAGGAACUGGAAGGUCUUCUAGGGAUAAAUGACAUCUGCAUCGCCGUGAAGGAGAAACUAGUCAAGGACUCGGGAGUUGCCGAAGAAGUGGCGUAUGACAUGAUUGUCAAGAAGCUCCUGCAGAAGCAGAGAGCGAGAGGCGUUAUCAUCUUCGGCUCCGACCAGGAGGUGGCCGGAGUGAUGAGAGCCGUCAGGAGGAACAAUGCCACCGGCAGUUUCUCCUGGAUCGGCUCAGACGGAUGGUCGGCCAGAUCUCUGGUGUCCUCAGGUAACGAACCCGAAGUCGAAGGCACUCUGUCAGUUCAGCCGCAGGCUAAUCCGGUCGACGGCUUCGACAACUACUUCAGUGGUCUCACUUUCCAGUCGAAUAAAAGGAAUCCCUGGUUUAUAGAGUACUGGGAGGACCACUUUAAAUGCAAGCACCCGAAGAGUCCUGUCACUAAGUACAACAGGAACUACACCCAGGCCUGCAGACAGGAUGAGAAGCUCACAAACAACAACACAGAAUUUGAAGCUCAACUUCAGUUCGUUUCCGAUGCGGUCAUGGCCUUUGCAUAUGCGUUUAAAAAUAUGCACCAUCACCUCUGCGGUGGACAUCCGGGUCUGUGUCCACGGAUGUCCCCGAUUAACGGCGAAGAGCUACUAUCUUACCUCCGUAAUGUCUCUUUCACCGGUUUAAGCGGAGACAACUUCACUUUCGACCAGAACGGAGACGGCCCAGCCAGGUACAACAUCAUUCACUUCAAACAGUUAUCGCCGGGGCAGUAUGCCUGGAUCACUGUAGGACAAUAUAUUGAGGGGGAACUCAAGUUGGAAAUGGACGUCCUGCAGUUCAAACUGGACGACCCGUCACCUCCAUCAAGCGUGUGCUCACUGCCCUGUCACACGGGACAGGCCAAGAAAUACGUGGAGGGAGAGUCCUGCUGUUGGCACUGUUUUAACUGCUCGACUUAUGAGAUCGUUAAUCCCAGCGAUGAGACACAGUGCUUAUCGUGUUCUUGGGGGACUCUACCUUCCGAGGAUCAUCUAACCUGUGUUCCUAUCCAGGAGGUAUAUAUCCAACCAGGCUCUUGGUGGGCAAUAGGAGCCAUGCUCUUUUCCUCCCUCGGCCUAGUGAUGACGGGCGUGGUCAUUUGGGUGUUCGUCAGCUAUAACGACACUCCAGUGGUGAAGGCGUCGGGAAGGGAACUCUCCUACGUCCUACUGUCAGGCGUCCUGCUGUGUUACGCCAUGACGUUCGUAUUCAUCCUGAAGCCCUCUGAUGUAGUCUGUGGCAUCCAGAGAUUUGGCCUAGGCUUCUGUUUCGCUGUCGUGUACAGCGCGUUGCUCACGAAAACCAACAGGAUCUCGAGAAUAUUUAACGCUGGAAGAACGACGGCCCGUAGGCCUUCCUUCAUCUCACCCAAGUCACAGCUUUGCAUAUGUUUCUUCGCGGUCUCCAUCCAAGUCAUAGUGACAGCUUUGUGGUGCUUCGUGAGCCCGCCAAAGGCUAUCCACCACUACCUGCAGAGGGAGGACAACUUCCUCGUGUGUGCUGCCUCUAUCAACGCUUCCUACAUGAUAGCCUUUGCAUAUCCUAUAGGCCUGAUCGUGGUAUGCACAGUUUAUGCAGUGUUGACCCGCAAGAUUCCUGAGGAUUUCAACGACAGCAAGUACAUAGGCUUCACCAUGUACACAACUUGCAUUAUUUGGCUGGCAUUCGUACCAAUAUAUUUCACCACAGCGAAUAAUGUUGAGCUGCGCAUCACUGCAACAUCUGUGACAAUCUCAUUGUCCGCAACGGUGGCCCUGGUGUGCCUCUUCGGACCAAAGCUCUAUAUAAUUUUGUUCCAUCCGGAGAGAAAUGUGAGGCAAUCCAUGAUAACAAUACCCAAAAACCCGGCUCUCUUGAGCAGCAACUUAUCAUCCUCUUCCCAACGGAUGGAUUCCGGAACGCAGAGUGAAGUGAUCUUCCCCGUAGAUUACGAGCUUCACGAGAAAAUCCGGACUAUGGGCUGUGGUUCCAGAACUGCGUCCAACAGCGCUACUCAGACGUGUCCAGCGUCUUCCUGUAGCCUUCCGGACCACCACUGUGGACCUAUUCAUUUGAUCACACCAAGGCAUUCCACCAACUCCUCUUCUUCAACUAAUGGUCCAGUUCAAGAUGUCACCGAUGUGCAUCUCUAAGAGUCAAAGAGACAAUAGACUAAAGAACGACACUUAUUCAGUCUGUUAUAUUUGCGUGUGCGAUGCGUGUCUACAUUUGAAACAAAGAAAGUUUGAUUCGUUGCGAAGAUGUGUGAGUAUUUAUUGUAAGUGGAAAAGCAAUCAUUCUUUUAAUUAUUUGAAUGAUUGCACAGCAAAAUAGUUUUUAAACACACGCAAUUGUGCUAACAAAAUAAUAUUCUUACUGGAAAUUAAAGUGAGUUUUCGCGAACAAAUAAGAUAAGAGUUAUGUUCAUAUUGACGAGUGCAUGUUUUCCUUUACUAUCAUUUCUAUUUUAUAUGCAUCGUUAAUGACACAAAUAUAUCAGAGCUCUAAAACAUUUAGUAAGCAUAAAUUCGACGCAUAUAAUGAUAUCAUCUCUUAUCACAAAAGCAUUGUAUAUAAACGCAAAAAAGGUUGAAGUAACAAUGUCAGGAAAAUAAAAAUAAAAUAUAAAUAAACUGUUGAAGUUGAUUUUCGAAAGUGGCAAAGCAUAUCUGAAAGGCUGUCAAUAAGAAAAAGAUGUCACUGCAUUCUAGCGUAUAACCGACGUACAUAAUCCCUGAUUGUCAUACUCUAAAGGAGAAACUUGAAAAAGAAAGAAGAGAAACUUACAGCAGUAGUAGACACAUCUCGUAAGCAAAAUAUCUGUCAUUGAAAAAUAAACUGAUAUAAACUCAACGUCCCUUCAUAAUAGGAAAUUCAUGAGAAACUAUGUCAAGAUAUGAUUUCGAUGAACUCCAGAAGAACAUAUAUUCAGUG